CCCCCUCUCUUCUGGCCGCCGCCUCCUCCUCCUCCUCCUCCCGGGGCUCCCCACUCGGCCAGCUCGCUCAUGGCUUUCUUGAUGAAGAAGAAGAGAUUCAAAUUCCAAACCACCUUCACCCUGGAGGAGCUGACGGCCGUGCCCUUCGUCAACGGGGUGCUCUUCUGCAAGGUCCGGCUGCUGGACGGCGGGGAUUUUGUCAGCUUGUCAUCCAGGGAGGAGGUGCAGGAGAACUGUGUGCGCUGGCGGAAGCGGUUCACCUUUGUGUGUAAGAUGAGUGCGAACCCAACCACAGGCCUUCUGGACCCCUGUGUCUUCCGGGUGUCCGUGCGCAAGGAGCUGAAAGGUGGGAAGACUUACUCCAAGCUGGGCUUUGCCGACCUGAACCUGGCCGAGUUUGCGGGUGCAGGAUGCACCGUGCGCUGCUGCCUGCUCGAGGGCUACGACACCAAGAACACUCGGCAGGACAAUUCCAUCCUCAAGGUCACCAUUGGCAUGUUCCUGCUCUCGGGGGACCCCUGCUUCAAGACGCCGCCAUCCACUGCCAAGUCCAUCUCCGUCCCCGGCCAGGACACUUCACUGCAGCUGACCUGCAAGGGCGGCGGCACCAGUAGCCAAAGUAGCAGCACCAAUUCGCUGACGGGUUCCCGGCCCUCGAAGGUCCGGCCCAGCAUCCUCAGCUCAGGGGUGCCGGAGGAGCCAGACCAGAACCUGUCAAGCCCAGAGGAAGUGUUCCACUCGGGCCACUCCCGGAACUCCAGCUACGCCAGCCAGCAGUCCAAGAUCUCUGGCUGCAGCACGGAACACUCACACUCUUCCAGCCUGUCCGACCUCACCCACCGCCGCAACACGUCUACCAGCAGCAGCGCCUCGGGUGGCCUCAGUGUCCCCAUGGAGGCUCCUGAGGGCGAGCGUGAGCACCGGCCCCCAGAGAAGCCACCCCGGCCCCCACGGCCUCAUCUGUCUGACCGCUCAUUCCGGAGGAAGAAGGACUCUGUGGAGAGCCAUCCCACGUGGGUGGACGACACACGCAUCGACGCGGACGACAUCGUGGAAAAGAUAAUGCAGAGCCAGGAUUUCACGGAGGGCAGCAACACGGAAGACAGCAACCUGCGUCUCUUUGUGAGCCGAGACGGCUCUACCACGCUGAGCGGCAUCCAGUUGGCCAACAGGGUCUCCUCCGGGGUCUACGAGCCGGUUGUGAUUGAGAGCCAUUGAGGACCCGCGUCCUCCUGCAAAGGGCCUGCUUCUCUGGGUGGCCGCCUACCACAUCUCAUCCGUGCCUCUCCCUGCACUCCUGCCCUAGUAUCAUUCCGUCCUCUGGACCCUCCCAGGCCACCCUGCCUGGGCACCACUGUGAAUAUUCUCUGAACCACUAGGGGGCAGCACACGGCCCCCAGGGGCAGGCUGGCAGGGUCAAGAUGCCAGCUCUGGAGACAGGACAUG